AGAAAAGCCAUGUCACCUUUCACCAUGCUACCUGCCACACUACCCGCUGUGUCACCCAGAGUCAAUUAAUAACCUUUAGCCAGAAAGCUAAUUAGCCAGGUCUGGAUUUUUUCACGAGUUAAGAGCAAGAACCAUAUGGUAAUGGACACAGAUUUGGAACCCUCAUGUACCUGUUAUUAUAAAUAAAUGUGACCAACAUGAGUGUUGCAGUAUUAUUCCUACUAACGUAUUAUGCUUUGUUUUGUUCUUUAGGAAUUCACUUAUGGACAUGAAUUAUCAAUGUGUGGAUACCAUUAUCCAGACCUUCGACAUCAGGUGACAAUACUAGAAUACUCCAAUGGAGACUAAGACAAACGGUCAAGUCAAUAAAAUCCUGCAAGACCAUGCCAGCUUAAAUUUGACAGCAUACUUAAAUGCAUCUCUUUCCCUCCACCAUCAUGUGAACAAUGCAGUGCUGGGGAUCAUUCUGGGCAUGUUGUGUCUCCUGACAAUCAUCAUGAACAUUCUGGUUCUUGUCGCUGUGAGGAAAGAACGUACUUUACAUACCGUGGGGAACCUUUACAUCGUCAGCCUCUCUUUAGCAGACCUAAUAGUUGGGGCGACUGUAAUGCCACUAAAUCUUGUGUAUCUACUUGAGGAUGAAUGGAAACUUGGUCGCGUGGUGUGUCAGUUUUGGUUGGUAAUGGAUUAUGUAGCUAGCACGGCCUCCAUUUUCAAUUUGUUUAUCCUUUGCUUGGACAGAUACCAGUCUGUUAGGCACCCACUGAGGUAUCUGAAAUAUCGAACACGAGGAAGAGCGACACUGAUGAUUUGUUUUGCUUGGCUUCUCUCCAUGAUGUGGAUUAUUCCCAUUCUGGGAUGGAGGAUGUUUGCUAAUGUUGACCGAAAACCUGAGCUAGAAAGCAAGUGCGACACGGACUUUCGCUUCGUCACAUGGUUUAAAGUGCUGACUGCCAUUCUCAACUUUUACAUCCCGUCAUUCCUGAUGCUAUGGUUCUAUUCGCAAAUUUUCAUAGCUGUGCGAGAACAUUACAAGCAGUGGGAGAGCGUCACUAUUGCUAAGGUGGUGGCAGAUGAAGACAUUAAUGUGCAAAGCUUAAGAAAUCAGAGAACUUUCUGUAAAAUGGCAGAGGAAGAUAAUCUGGCCUUGCAGACUUACUCUCAAAAGGAAGACAUGUUGGAUCAGUAUACUUUGGAGCAGCCAUACAACUCAAGGGACACCAAUGAGGAGAACGGCGAAUCCGGACGUGAUAAAAAUCCCCAAAACAGGAAGACCUCAUUUUUUAAGAUUACGAAACCUAAGAGGAAAACUGUGAGGGACCCUCAUGAGGUUUCCUCAGUAAACCAGGAGGUAAAUUCUGAAACACCUUCAAAGGAUCCAUCUUUACCUCUGGGCUUUUUGCAACAUGAAGAGAAUGCAGAUCUCAAGAUGUUUGUAUCUGUUACCGAUUGUAAUGUAUUAGUGCCGAAUUCGGUUGCUAAUAUUUGUGAGAUAAAACCCAACACUGAUGUUCACAAACACAUCACCAUUCUCUGUAACGAUGAUGCUAAUACACAGUCACCUGUAUCGCAAGGGUCGUGGAUGCACAACGAUGGUCCGAUGAUAGAUGGUAGCAACACUAUGACUUUGAGGCAAACGUGGCAGAAAUUCUGCGAACAGUCCAGGCAGUGUGUCCAGAACAUGCGCAUUCAUAAGGAACGGAAAGCGGUGAGGCAGUUGGGCUUCAUCAUUGGAGCUUUCAUGGUGUGCUGGAUCCCAUAUUUUAUCACCUUCAUGGUCAUGGCGCUGUGCAACACAUGCGUCCAUCAUGACCUCCACAUGUUCACUAUAUGGUUGGGUUACAUCAACUCCACUCUGAACCCAUUUAUUUAUCCACUUUGUAAUGAGAAUUUCAAAAGAGUAUUUAAGAAGUUCUUUCGUAUCAAGCAGUAAUUUUUGUCUGUAAAGAUUGAAAGUGUAGCAGCUGUGUAUGUCUUUGUAAACUCAGUUAUUUUGCCUCUAUAUGUAUAACUGUGUAUUUUUAAGGGUUGUAGACUUUGUUUGGACUAUUAUGGUAUUUUAAACACCUGUGUUAAUUGGCUUAUAUCUUUGGUGCUGACCAGUGUUAUUGUAUGCUUGUAAUCUGCAUCAGAUUAAUACAUCAGUACAAAUACUGAUGGUAAAUGUUUAAUAAAUUCUCAGUGAGUUUUGGUGGUUCUAAGCUGGGUUUGGUUUUUUUUUUUUCUUUUCACUUAACAGGCUUUGUUUAGUGUGUGUCCUUUGCUUUUGUCUCAUUUUUGCAGGUAUGCUUGUUUGCACAAAAUGUACAAAUUUGUUUGAGGUUUUAUGGAAUGAUUAUGUGUAAAUAACAUGGAAACAUGUACACGGAACUGUGCAUGAUUGCCACAGAGCCACUUAGUUUCCUGUUUUGUAAAUUUAAAAAAACUAAUAGCCACAACCGCAAUACCAGAAGUAAAGUUUAACCUUAUGUAGUCCCAGGCCCUGAUGGUGGGUCCAGCCUACUUUCUUCUCUCUUGUAACUAGAUACCUUUACAAUUAGAUUCAAUAUAGUUACUGAGCAAUAUGGUGUAAUGUAAAUAACAUAAUAAUAAGCUUGUGGCUCAACAAUUGCAAGUGUAUUUUUACACUUGCCCAUAUACUUGAUCCUAUAACAGGGAUUUAUUCUGCGCUCAUUUGGGGGAAAUGAGUGCAGAAUAUCUUCCCAACUGUAUCUUGAUUUUGGGUCAGGAUAACUGAGCUGAAGUGUGAACACUGCUUUGGAUAAAACCAUCUGUCAAAUGAGAUGAAAAGUUUAAAAAAAAACUGCGUAUUUUAUUCUUGAUAUCUACAUU